AUGUGUGCAGCAUAUAUUCCUCCACAUCUCCGUGCCCAAGGUGUUCAACCACAUAUGGCACAAAACUCCGCUACAGAAGCGCUUGCUAACGAAAAGCAAAGCCAUUUCCAAGCAAAUCGUAGAUCACGUAGAACAGCAAACCGCGGAAUGGCCCGUUCUUUCUCAGUUCCAGCUCGCCUCAGCGAAAUCUCUGACCAGCAAGUCGAAGAACUUUUCGCUCAGAACGAAGCAAGCGAAGAUUUCCAAGUUUAUGAAGAUUCCGAAGUCAAAGUUCAUUCAACAAAUCAACUCGAUCCGAUUACUCAAUUCCCACGCUGUGGUGUUGACAAUCAAAUUCUCAGCAAUAUCGCAGGAUUGGGCUACAAAUUCCCAACUGCAGUUCAAAAAUACUCAAUUCCUUACAUUCUUAAUGGACAUGAUUUAAUUGUCACUUCUCAAACAGGCAGUGGUAAGACAGCAGCAUUCAUGUUGCCAGUUAUCACUCAAUUACUCAAAAUGCAAUUAUAUAUUCAUCCAUCGGUAGUUAUCAUGUGUCCUACACGUGAAUUGGCGCUUCAGAUCGAGGACCAAAUCAACAAGUUCGCAGAAGGAACAGGUCUUCAGACUGUUUGCGUUUUCGGUGGAUCCCCAAUUCAUCUUCAACUCAGACAGCUCAGCUACGCUUGCAACAUUCUCGUUGCUACACCAGGACGUCUCAACGAUAUCCUCAAGCGUGGCCAGCUUCAGCUUAAAUACGUAAAAUACUUAAUUCUCGAUGAAGCCGACAGAAUGCUCGACAUGGGCUUCGAACCGCAGAUUAGCGAAGUAAUCAACGGUUUCGACAUGACGGAAAUCGCGAAUCGCCAAACUUUACUCUUUAGCGCCACAUUCCCUUCAGAAGUCCAGAAUUUGGCCAGGAGUUUCAUGAAAUCGGCCUUCACGCGCAUUGAGGUCGGCCUCCAGGACCCUCCGGCCUUGAUUGAGCAGCACUUCGAGUACGUUCGCGAUUACGACAAAUUCCCAGCCCUCAUCGACUUCUUGAACGCUCACGAUUGCCCCACACUUGUCUUCGCCGAAAGAAAGACAAGCGUUGACCGCAUCGAGGACUACCUUUACGAGGAAAAUUACCCAGUUGUCGCUAUCCACGGCGAUAGAGACAUGGACAACCGUCUGGCCGCUCUCGAUGGCUUCACAUCAGGUCGUGCGCGCAUCAUGGUCGCUACAGAUGUCGCUGCCCGUGGUAUUGAUAUUCCGAACGUCGGCCACGUCAUCAACAUGGACCUCCCGACCGACGUAGACUCGUACAUCCACCGUAUUGGAAGAACAGGACGUGCUGGAAGACGCGGUGUCGCUACAAGUUUCUGGAAUGAGUCAAAUGAGCCGUUCCUCAUCGCUCUUUUGGCCCAUUUAAGGAAGACACAACAACCAAUUCCUGACGGGCUUGAAGAAUUCGCUCAGCACAUCCAGUCUCAGAGAAGAGGUGGUUCUAGAGGUGGAAGAGGCGGUGGCCGAAGAGGAAUGCCUAGAGAUAGGUCAUUCAACAACAUAGGCCACAGAUAUUAA